AUGCAUUCCUCUCUUCUCCUUCUUCCUGCCUUCGUCGCGGGCGCCGUCGCGGCUUCGUCUCCCCUCGCUCUUCGAGACCUCGGCGGCCCACCCACCGUCACACUCGACUCCGCGACAGUCAUUGGGAAGCUCAACGGGUCUGUAGUGCACUACCUCGGGAUCCCUUUUGCUCAGCCCCCGAUCGGAGACCUUCGUCUGCGCGCCCCUCAGCCGAUAUCACCAUUCACUGGAACGGUCAACGCAACUGCGUUCGGGAACCAAUGUAUCCAACAGACGUUCCCAAACCUUACUUUUCCGGCAGACGUGCCCGCGGCUGUUGGCCAGUAUCUAUCGGCAUUCGUAACGCCCGCCCCUGUACCAGAGAGCGAGGAUUGUCUCAACUUGAAUGUUAUCGUUCCAGCAAAUGCGACUCAAGAAGAUAAGCUUCCGGUCGUUGUGUGGAUUUACGGUGGUGGCUUCCAAGCAGGCUCCAACGCCGUCUUUCCUGGAGAGGCGAUAGUUGCUCGUUCCGUCGAGAUCGGACAUCCUGUUAUCUACAUGGCUAUGAACUACCGGUUGUCUGCGUUUGGGUUCUUGGGAGGCAAAGAGGUCAAAGAAGCGGGCGUCGCGAACCUCGGCCUCCUCGACCAGCGUGAGUCGCUCAAAUGGAUCCAGAAGUACAUAUCGGCGUUUGGCGGUGAUCCUGAGAAGGUCAUGAUCUGGGGCGAGAGCGCAGGCGCAAUCUCGGUAGCGCACCAUAUGCUUGCGAACAACGGUGACCCGCAAGGCCUGUUCCGCGCCGGCUUCAUGGAGUCCGGUUCGCCCGCGCCCGUUGGCCAGGUCGACAACCCGUACUUGCAGACGACGUACGACACCAUCGUCGUUGACGCCGGGUGCGCGGACAGCGCGAACAGCCUCUCGUGCCUGCGCCAGGUUCCGACGGGAAAGCUGAAGGCGGCGAUGGAUCAGACGCCCACCUUCCUGUCGUUCAAGCAACUCAAUACGCCCUGGUUCCCGCGGGCCGACGGAGGGUACAUCAAGCAGGAGCCGCAGCACCAGCUCAUCUCUGGCGCGAUCGCGACGAUCCCGUUCGUCAUCGGAAACGACCUGGACGAAGGAAGCGCCUUGUCCUUCCCCACCCUCAAUCUCACGACCGACGACGAAGUGCUCGACUACAUCCAAGCCAACUUCUUCCGAAACACCUCGCGCGCCGUCGUCGCCAACGUCCUCAACCUGUACCCGCAGGACCCAGCCGCGGGCUCCCCAUUCGGCACGGGCUCAAAUCACUCGUACUCGCCGCAGUACAAGCGUAUAUCCGCCAUCCAGGGUGACUUUUUCGAGCAGGCCCCGCGGCGGCUGUUCGUGCAGCAGCUCGGGAACCGCCAGUCUGUGUACAACUACCUGAGUGAGAUCGACCAAGUCGACGGCAUCGGCGCGGCGCACGGCACCGAGCUCACGAACAUCUACGGCGGCGGCGAUAUGGCGGACUACCUCAUCCGCUUCGCCGCGACUCUCGACCCGAACGGCGACGGGGCGCCCGCCUGGCCGCGGUACACGACCGAGAACCCGGCGCUGCUCACGUUCCGGGACAGGGUACCGUUUGUGAACGUGACGAUGGACACGUACCGCAUCGCGGGGAUGGCGUUCCUGACCCAACUUAGUCUCGCGGAUCCCAUAUGA